UUCGCGAGUCGCCUUCGCGGCCUGCCGCCCGCGGGGACGCUGUCGACGCGCGCGGUUGGCUGGCCACCGGUCCACGGCCAAACGCGACCCUCCGCCGGAGUUCGCGCUGACCCUCGUCUAAUCGACAACAGCAAUGGAUAAUGUCGCUUCGUUGUCGCUGUAUAGCAGCCACGUCGCUCGUGCCGUAGGCCGCGACGACGUCAAUGUCAUUGCCAUUCGGUCGGCUGAGCGCGACGGCCAAACGGCUUCCUCGUACUCUCGUGGAGCGACCGUUCGCGAGUGCAAAGGGAGCGGAGCGUGCGGCGCUAGGGAGUGCGAGAGGCACGUGUGCGCCAAGCGGCCGAGCAAUCGAUGGGGACGGCGUGCACUGUGUACAACAGAAGCGCCCGGCGCGUAGCAAGUCGCCGACGGGCGAGCAGCGAUCGAUAAGCCGAGCAUAAAGACAGGUGGGCGGUGUGCAGGGGUGAGCAAGGGCCUCGAUAGAUGCUGAAUAAUGUGGCGAUCGGGGGCGCCGGUCAGUACACCGCGCCGUACAACAUGGAGCUGUUCGUCGCGCUGAGCCUGUUCCGGCGCAGGAAGUACGAGGCGUGCGCCGCCGCCUGCACGGAGCUCCUCCGCAAGAGCCCCCUCGACCAGGCGGUCUGGGUGCUGAAGAUGCGGGCGCUCACGCUACAGGUCUACGUAGACGACAUCGAGGCCGAGGAGGAGGGCCUGGCCGAGACUCUCCUGGACAACGACACCAUCGCGGCGAUGCCCAGACCCGGCACUUCGCUGCGCCAUCCCGGCACUACCAUGCCAGGCCAGGGAUUCCGGCCGCGCACGCAAUCAGGAAGGCCGCUGACCGGAGUGGUGAGGCCGGCCACGCAGUCGGCGCUCGACUCAUCACAGGGCUUGGAGCAAACGUUGCGCACCCCGCGGACGGCCGCGACCGCGCGACCCCUCACCGCCAGCAGCGGCAGGAGCGUCCGGCUUGGCACUGCGUCGAUGCUGACCGAACCCGGGGGUCCCUUCAUCCAGCUGUCGCGACUCAAUAUCUCCAAGUACGCCGCGCAGCCGGCAAUCGCCAAAGCUCUCUUCGAGUAUAUCUACUACCACGAGCACGAUCCCCGCUACGCGCUGGAUCUAGCGGUGCAGGCGACACAGGCCUGUCAGUACAAAGACUGGUGGUGGAAGGUGCAGCUGGGCAAGUGCUACUACGUGCUGGGCCUCGUGCGCGACGCUGAGCAGCAAUUCCGCUCGGCGCUACGCGACUUCAAGACCAUCGAGCUGGUGCUAAGACUCGUGCGGGUCUAUAUCAAGCUUGACCAGCCUCUCGCCGCCUUGGAGCUCUGCAAGAAGGGCUUGGAGUCCUUCGCCAACGACGUGUCCAUCUUGACGGAGAUGGCGCGCAUCUUCGAGGGCACGAACAACGUCGCCAUGUCCAUCAAAUACUACAAGAUGAUUGCCCACGAGGAUGCCUCGAAUAGCGAGGCCAUUGCUAGCAUAGGCUUACAUCACUUUUACAACGACCAACCGGAAAUCGCACUCAGAUAUUACAGGCGACUGCUACAGAUGGGAGUCUGCAAUGCUGAAUUGUUCAACAACUUGGGUCUAUGUUGCUUUUACGCGCAGCACUAUGACUUCACUGUCUCAUGCUUCGAGAGAGCCUUGAGUCUGGCCACUGACGAAAGCGUCGCAGACGUGUGGUACAAUAUUUCGCACAUCGCUAUCUGCUUGGGAGACUGGAUCAUGGCUAGCGAAUGCCUGAAGUUGGCCAUUGAUGCGGACAAUCGUCACGCUCCGUCCUACAAUAACUUAGGUGUUAUAGAAAUGAAAAACGGAAAUGUUACUUCUGCUCGCAUAUAUUUCCAUGCUGCUGCUAGUAUUGCCCACUACAUUUAUGAGCCGCACUUCAAUAGUUCAUAUUUGGCAUAUAACACUGGAGACUUGCAGACUAGCUACAUAUCGGUACAAAAAGCUCUCAACGCCUAUCCUUCGCAUCAAGACAGCCAAGAGCUUCUCAGAAAACUACAACAGUACUUUACAUUCAUGUAAGAUGACAAUUAAUCAU